AGCUAUUGGGUUCUAAACAGAGAGGUGACGAGUUCCAAAAUUCUCCUUCUCCAAAACAUUCUAAGAAAGACGAAAAUGACUCCUGGUAAGUUGGAAAAAAGGAUCAGAUUUGAGUUUAGUGAUGAGCCAACUUUCUUGGAAGGAAGCUGUGCUUCUCAAAAACCCACUCCCAAAAAGAGUAAGCGUCAGGUUGCUCGAAGGCUUAAUAUCACUAAAUCUGAGAUUGAUUUGGUUGAUGUUCCUGGAAGUUAUCUUGGCUUUUACCUAUCCUCUAGGGUAAUUCUAAAAUUCAAGCUCUGCACUUUGUCAUCAAUAAAGUCAAAAAAAAGACCCAAGGAUGGCGUCGCAACUUUUUAUCUGAAGCUGAGAGAGAGCAAAAAGGGGUUGAGAGCUUCUUGGAUAUGGAGUAGCAUCUUGGAUGGACGUAAAAUUCUGGAAAACAGAUCAUUUUCAAGCAUUAGAAAUGGAAGAAUGACAAAGGUUUGGAUCGAUGCUUGGGUGCGCUCUCUACCACGUACGCGUAUCUCCUCUCCUUGCCCUUUCGAGGAUUGGAAAGACAUGGCUGUUGAGGAACUAAUUGUCAAUAACCAAUGGAGUCUUAGACUUUAUUAAACAUUGGUUAUCCAAUGUUGAAGUUACAGCUAUUAUCAAUGUUCAGAGAAUUUUGUCUGGAAGGGAUGAUAAAUGGGUUUGGAUUGGGGGUAAAGGAUUUGUUUAUUCUGUUAAAGAAGGAUAUAAAAUUGCAAAAUCUUUAAAUCUGGUUGAUAUGACUAAUAACCUUCCUCCUCUUUUUCCAUUUCUCAAAACCUUUGGAAAACAAUUUGGAAUCUUAAAAUUCCAAACAAAGUCAGAUUCUUCUUGUGGAGAAUUGCCUCUAAUGCUUUGCCUUGUUUUGAAAAUUUGAAAAGAAGGGGUUGCAACAUAUCUGAAUUUUGUGGUAUUUGUUCCCACUAUGUGGAAUCUCUUGACAUGUUUCUUUUAUGUAAUUGGGUCAAGGCUGCCUGGUUUGCAUGCCCUUUUUCUCUGAGGAUUUCUGAGCACAACAUUUCCUCUAUGAAUCAUUGGUUAUCUUUCUGGCUCGUUAAUGAGAAUUUAAAUCAAUGGCAAAAGGCUCUUAUUGCUUGUUCUCUCUAGUAGAUCGGGAAGUUUAGAUGCUCCUUUUUGUAUGAAAAAGCUAUCGUGGAACCUUGCUUAGUUAUCUCUCGUGCUAACGAUAUGUUAUGUGAAUUUUGGGAUGCUAAUGGCUGGUCUAACUCUGAUGUUAACGCUGUUAAUCUCAUUGAUUUAGAUUCAAGUUCUUCUUGGGUCGCUCCUCUGAGUGACUCGCUUAAGAUAAAUACUGAUUGUGCUUUCAAUUCUAAUUUAAUGCUUGCCGCUGCUUCCUUUGU